AGUCUUCAAAUUCACUUCUCUUUUCGACUUCAUUUUUGGGUUGAUUGUCACACGGAUCAUCCCUUGUUUUAUAUGGCUGACAUCUUAUGCUUUACGCAACACGUGCAGUAUGAGAAAUCGGGUGGAUUGGUAUUCAUCUCUGAUUAUCAAGGGUCCAAGUUACUUUUGAGUGACCCGCAGAUAAUGACUUCUCCAUGAUGAUAUCUCCAAGAAGAGCAUGUUUGGUGGCGGAAACAUUGGUGCACUGUUCACAGCAUUCCCUGAGAAGCACAAAUGCUCCGGAUAUUGCUGUUUCUUUGGAUUGAAGUCACUUGUUUAAAUGUUGAUGGAUCCUGGCUCUCAAUUGCGCAUUUUCAUCCAUUUACAUUUAGUUUCAUUUGUAGUGACAAGCGCAGAUACACCCUGGCCCCGCAAUCAAUUGAACUGAUGUCCCAUCA